AACGACAAAUUUCUUCAUUUCGUGAAGAAAUAAUCAUAUAAGUCAACAUGUCAGGCUUGACGGACGGAUCAGCUCGUCGAGAUGAGGACGAGGUGUGCCCUAUCUGCAAAUCCUCGAGAUACCUCAACCCAGACAUGCGGUUCCUCAUUAACCCGGAAUGCUAUCAUAAAAUGUGCGAAUCCUGUGUGGAUCGUAUAUUCUCGUCAGGUCCGAAUUCGUGUCCGGUGAUCGGUUGCAAGAAGACGCUUCGCAAGAAUCGAUUUCGAACACAGACUUUUGAAGACAUCGGCGUGGAAAGGGAGGUUGAUAUUCGGAAGAGAGUCAUGGCAAUUUUAAACCGCCGGGAAGACGAAUUCGACAGUAAACUAGAUUGGGACAACUUCCUCGAACAACGUGAGACCAUGAUCAUGAACCUAGUAUCAGGUAUCGAUGUUGCAAAAACCGAGGCCGACCUACGAAAAUACCAAGCACAAAAUCUUGACUCCAUUCGGGCCAAUCAAGCACGGGAAUCACAAGAAACCUCAUCAUUCCAAGAACAGCAAUCAUUUGAACAAGAACAGGCUCGCUUACGGCGGAUUGCAGUACGAGAGGAAUAUGAAAGAGAACACCGCGAGCUCGCCGCGGGCCGCGAAGAUAUAUUAUCCAGACUUGCCUCAGGCCGACCCGGCGACGCAGCCAGUAUCGCCCGAGAAGGCCAAAAGAUCCUCCUCAAGAAAUCGUCUGCUCGCCGAAGUGAAGAAGAAAGAUUACGCCAGAAACAGGCCGCUCUCCGUGGUGAAAAGACCAAAGGCUCUCGCGCAGUAUCCGCCGCUGCAGAGUCUGACGCGGAACCGAGUCUUAUCAAGGGUCUCAAGAAAGUUUCCUUACCAGAACCUGAGAAACCCUACGACCCUUUUGGUGGCCUCGAAAUCGACAAACGAGAUUACUAUGUUUUGCAAGAUCAUUAUCCGUCUCAGUGGCUUGAUCAAGCUCGUAACAGUACAACUUUUUCGGCUGGCGGGUUCGAUAUCAAAGAGUAUUAUUCACGCACGCUCUUCGAGGCUUUUGCUGGUUUGGGUGUCUUUGUCGAAGAAGAGGUUUCUAAACGUGAUAGCUUUGGUGGCGUAACCACGAAAGCUGCUGUUGCCACGAGAGGUGCUGCGCAGCAGGCUGCUACAGUACGAGCUUCUGAUGAUGUUUUCUAG